UUGAAGCUUACAUCGAAAGCACUAAUUUGUACAAAUCUGCGAAGACAAAUGACGAAAUGGCAAAUAACUUUGCAGUGGAAGACGCCACCCACUUGUGUGGCGUUAAGACGACUGAUUCAUUUAAAUGCUCCUCUACACGGCGUAGAAGAAGUGAAGGCACCCACCUUUCCGGAUUCUGUAACUACUGGUGAUGUCAAGUUCAUUAAAAAAGAAGGUGAUGCAGUUGCAAUGGAUGAGGUGGUGCUUGAAAUAGAAACAGACAAGACCGCACUACCAGUUAUGGCACCUGGCCACGGAAAAAUUGUCAAGAUGCUCGUAAAGGAAGGCGAGGCGGUUAAAUCACAGCAGCCACUGUUUCAGAUUGACGUAACUGGCGUGGCACCGGCGCCAACUGCUGCUGCGGCAAAACCCACGGCGGCACCAGCGGCGCCCGCAGCACCAGCAGCACCAGCACCAGCUGCUGCGGCACCAGCAGCUACCCCUGCCGCCAAAGCCCAAGCCACAAAGACGACGACUCAAAUCAUCAAAGCACCAGGCGCACCUACGCUGGCAGCCCAAAAACUCGCAGACCCAACAAAAACCAUAUCAGGUUCGCGUACAGAGUUCCCGAUUGGAAUGAACCAAAUGCGCAAACGCAUUGCAGAGAGGCUAAAGGAGGCACAAAACACCACAGCUAUGUUGACGACGUAUAAUGAGUGUGAUAUGAGCCGUCUAAUGGCGUUUCGGAAGUCAAAUUUGGAGGCCUUCACGAAGAAGUUCGGCGUGAAACUAUCUUUCAUGUCGCCAUUUAUCAAGGCCGCUGCCAACGCUUUAGAAGACCAACCAGUGGUCAACGCAGUGAUUUUGGGUGACAAAAUUGUAUACAGAGACUACGUAGAUAUUUCAGUAGCGGUUGCUACACCGAAGGGACUUGUAGUACCAGUAAUGAGAAAUGUUGAAUCUAUGGAUUACCCACGCAUAGAGCUUGCCAUGCACGUCUUAGCUGAGAAGGCUCGAAAUGGUAAACUUACACCGAGCGACAUGCAAGGCGGUACUUUCACCAUCAGUAAUGGCGGCGUUUUUGGCUCAUUGCUAUCAAUGCCGAUCAUCAACCUGCCACAGUCCGCCAUUUUGGGAAUGCACGCUAUUGUGCAAAGGCCUGUCGCUAUUAAUGGAGAAGUAAAAAUAAGACCGAUGAUGUAUUUGGCCUUAACCUAUGACCACAGAUUGAUCGACGGCCGUGAAGCAGUAUUGUUCCUACGCAAAAUCAAGUCCGGCGUUGAAGACCCCACAUCAAUUCUGGCCGGAAUUUAA